CCAUCCCCUCCCUACUAUUCCCAGCGGGUGGAGUCGCAAGCAGUGAGCAGCGACCAGUCCUUGUCAAUAGGCACCGGCAGGUUAGCACUCUUGCUACCUCCUUCAGGGAGCAGCAGUCCCUAGCCUGCCUGUGGAUCUGGUCGGAUUGAACAGAUUCAGCUAUGGUUUCUCUGGACUUUGGGGUCGCCCAUGGUCCUGGACGCCGCGUAGGACGCUGAGGGGGUCACCGAAAUAGACACCGAGCUCCUGAGUGGCCAGAACGCAAAGGCGAAAAAUAAUCAGCGGAGCAUGCUAGGCACCAUGAGGUCCUGGCUGUCACCGUGGGGAACACAGUCACUGCUUCUGCUGUUGCUGCUGCUCGCUACAGCAGCUUGCACGGCCGGAGCUCUGCCCCGAUUGUGUGAUGUACUGCGCGUCCUGCAAGAGGAACGGGCCCAGUGUGCGCAGGAACUCUCCAGAGAGAAGACAGGAGAUUUGGGCCCGGAGACUGUGUCAGGCUGUGAAGGGCUGUGGGACAACAUGAGCUGCUGGCCCUCCUCAGCACCGGCGCGGACGGUGGAAGUGCAGUGUCCGAAGUUCCUCCAGAUGCUCACGGGCAGAAAUGGGUCCCUCUUCAGGAACUGCACCCAGGAUGGCUGGUCAGAAACUUUCCCCAGGCCUGACCUGGCCUGCGGCGUCGACAUGAAUGACUCCUCUAACGAGAAACGGCACGCAUACCUGCUGAAGCUCAAGGUCAUGUACACUGUAGGCUACAGCGCCUCCUUGGCCAUGCUCCUGGUCGCCCUCAGCAUCCUGUGCUCUUUCCGGAGGCUGCACUGCACCCGCAACUACAUCCACAUGCACCUGUUCGUGUCCUUCAUCCUGCGAGCCCUGUCCAACUUCAUCAAGGAUGCGGUACUCUUCCCUUCGGAUGACGUCACCUACUGUGAUGCCCGUAGGGUGGGUUGUAAGCUGGUCAUGAUCUUCUUCCAGUACUGCAUCAUGACCAACUAUGCGUGGCUGCUGGUGGAGGGCCUCUACCUUCACACGCUCCUCGCCAUCUCCUUCUUCUCAGAAAGGAAAUGCCUGCAGGCCUUUGUGCUCCUCGGAUGGGGUUCUCCAGUCAUUUUUGUUGCUUCAUGGGCUGUCACCAGGCACUUUCUGGAAGACAUCGGAUGCUGGGACAUCAAUUCCAACCCUUCCAUCUGGUGGCUCAUUCGAGGACCCGUGAUUCUGUCCAUCCUGAUCAAUUUCAUCCUUUUCAUAAACAUUCUACGAAUCCUGAUGAGAAAACUUAGAACCCAAGAAACAAGAGGAAAUGAAAUGAACCAGUACAAGCGCCUGACCAAGUCCACCCUCCUGCUGAUCCCCCUCUUCGGCAUCCACUACAUCGUCUUCGCCUUCUCCCCAGAGGACGCCAUGGAAGUCCAGCUGUUCUUUGAAUUGGCCCUGGGCUCCUUCCAGGGGCUGGUGGUAGCCAUCCUCUACUGCUUCCUCAAUGGUGAGGUGCAGCUGGAAGUUCAGAAAAAAUGGCGCCAGUGGCACCUCCAAGAGUUCCCGCUACGCCCUGUGGCCCUCAGCAACUCCUUCAGCAAUGCCACCAGUGGUGCCACCCACAGCACUAAGGCCAGCACCUCGGAGCAGAGCCGGAGCACCCCCAGGGCCAGUAUCAUCUGAGGCCGCAGCAGGACUGGCAGCGGAUGCAGAGCUGGACACUCAAUAGGACAGUUCUCUCCUAACGGCUCUUCUGUGUUUGAGUGGCUGAGAGGCCUUCCUCCAGGUACUGAGCUUCCUUAGAACUGAGACUGGGUCACCAUGGAGCAAGAAACAGGUCUGUGAUUUGGUCUUUCUUGUUCUUCUGAGAGAGUAAUUCAGUGGCUCCAGAGGAGGCAAGGGAAUAAAUGACAUCCAGAACACCCGA